AGCAGCCACUAGGGGAGUUGUCUCCUGCCAGGUAAUCCUAUUGGGCUGCUUUUUAAAAGAGCAAACACGCGUCUUCUUCUCUCCUUCACUGAACCCCCGCCUCCUCCCGUGAUACAGAAAUAGCAAAGGUUUGGCAGAAAGACCACUUCUAGUUGUGAGAGUGAGGACACAUCAGCACAUUUUAUCUGUCAUAGUUUCAGCCGCUUCCAAGGAAAGAGAGACCGCGGUAUUGGUUGGCAUUGGCAAGAGGAGAGCGUUAUCUAACAGCUCAGCAUCUGUAACGUCCAGGAAAAAAGUGGUAGUCUGCCUGGGUUGACACCAAGCCUGAACUUGUAAAUACCUAAGUUCAGAGACAUCCCUGGACAAUAUUUACAACACUGAACAUACCAAAGGCUUGUGAACUACAUCUGCCACCAAGUUAGCUUGACAAGUCCAAACGUUACACCUUUUAGGGAAUGGCAUUGGACUUCGCUGCGGGCUGCAUAGGAGGUGCUGCUGGUGUUUUGGUCGGUCAUCCUUUUGACACUGUGAAGCUGGUGCCUGGGGGAGAGCUGUCUUUAACAGCAGCAGUGUCACUGUGUUGUAGAUGAGAGAGAGAAAUAAACAACCUCUCCAUGGAAAUGUGACUUAGUGAGACUUCAAGUUCAGAAUGUGGACAGACCGUUGUACCGUGGGACGUAUCACUGCUUCCAGUCAAUCAUACGCCAAGAGUCGAUGCUUGGUCUAUACAAAGGCAUCGGCUCUCCAAUGAUGGGCCUGACCUUCAUCAAUGCCAUCGUUUUUGGCGUUCAGGGCAACGCCAUGCGCAAACUCGGCGUUGACACGCCUCUGAACCAGUUCCUGGCUGGAGCUUCCGCUGGAGCCAUACAGUGUGUCAUCUGCUGCCCGAUGGAGCUCGCCAAGACACGUAUGCAGCUGCAGGGGACUGGGGAGAAGAAGUCCAAGAGGAAACUGUACAAGAACUCCCUGGACUGUCUGGUGAGGAUCUACAAUAAGGAGGGAAUCCGAGGCAUCAAUCGCGGGAUGGUGACCACCCUUCUGCGUGAGACGCCUGGUUUCGGUGUGUAUUUUCUCACUUAUGAUGUGCUGACACGGUACCUCGGCUGUGAGCCAGAAGACCCCUAUAUGAUCCCCAAGCUGUUGUUUGCUGGUGGGAUGUCGGGAAUCGCUUCCUGGAUCUCCACCUAUCCUGUGGAUGUGAUCAAGUCGCGUUUACAAGCAGACGGGGUCGGGGGAGUCAACAAGUACAGCGGCAUCAUGGACUGUGUCAGGCAAAGCUUAAAGAAGGAAGGGUGGCGGGUGUUCUCGCGUGGACUCACCUCCACGUUGCUGCGAGCAUUUCCAGUGAAUGCGACCACAUUCGCUACAGUGACUCUGUUUUUGUUGUACAUGCGAGAGGGAGAAGAGUGUAGCAUCCAGGACCCUGAGCCGCAGUCCGUCCAGCUGCAGGCGCUGCAGACACAGACGCAGCCGCUUGUGCAGCAGUGAGCGUUACUACCGUCAUCAGAUGGAAUUUGCAGCUUCAUGCAGGUCUGUGAUCUGUUAACUGGUGUCUAUUAUCAGAAAGGUGAACUGAUCCCAGGUAAGCAUGUGCCCACAAAGCUUCAGCAAAGUCACCACAUGUUGUAUUUAAAUAAUAUAUAUUUUAAGAUAAAAGCUGCACUUGUAUAUAUGGUCUAUUUUUAAAAGUCUUUGGUUUUAUCUACUUGUUUUUGAGUUUUAAUUAAUUUAGGAGGCUUGACGGUUAUGGGGGUUACUGUAUUGUGAUGUACAGUGAUUGUUACAUGUCAAUGAAACACUUUGUCUUUAAUGUUCAGGUUUUAAAGAAGCAUGUUUUGGAAUUCAUGUCUCCACAAUUAAACAUUCACAACCAGUAAUUGAUUACAAAGACAAUGCUUGCUGCAAGUAGCCACGGUGAUAUAAAUGUUGUUUAAAUAACUAAUUAAUUUGAAGAUGUUUGCCAGAGUGCAGAAUGUAGGUUAAUGUACGGGUUACAAAUACAAAGGAAACAUGUACAUUUACACACUGUUAUUUUUUUUAACCUGUUUUAGGUUACAACUGUGUAUAACAAAUGUUACAAAGGGAAGCUUCUGGAUUUGUAUGUUGCAAAUGCUGUCUAAAUUUUAAUCAUAGGGAGGUUGCGACUUUUGUUUCAGUCCUUGGUCUCCUUUAAGAUCCUUUUUGGAUCAUUUUUAAAGGUGUACAUUGUUGUUUGAAACCAAACCUUGUGAGUUUGUUUGUUUGGUAGUUUGUUCGGACAUUGGUCAGUGUCAAGAGAGCACCUUAUGGUAUGAUAUUUAAGCACUUACACAGAUAAGACAAGUUUAACAAUCAAAGUUUUCACUUAAAAUAGAUUUUAUAUUUACCACUUAUGUAAGGAUGUACUCAAUGUUACAAGUGGGAUUUAUUUUUUUAAACAAAAAUGUGAUUUUUAAACAUUCUUUGCCUAGAAUCACAAAAUAAAACUCCUUUUGUAGCAGCUAUCUAUGUACAACCUGUUAGCGCAAAUAAAACAAUAAAACAACCAGUUGUCAGUUACCCCCACAUAGGGCUGGGCGAUAAAUCGAUAACGAUAAUUAUCGUGAUAGAAUUUUCUUAAUAUAAAUAUAACAAAUGUUCGAUAAAAAUUCAAUAUAUUAAGCCUGUAAUUGCACCCCCCAACCACUGGAGAGGGAGGGUGCGCAAACGUGCCUUUAAACACUAGAUGCCACCCAACAGUAAACAGUAGGAGAAGGCAUUGAACAGCCAAUCAUGUCGCAGGGUAAGAGGCAGGCCUUAACCAAAAGCAAUCUUAAAGGGGAGUGGACUAUUCAAAACACUACCCUUCUAAACUGAUACAAAGUAAACAAUUUGAUAUAUCUUGAUGUUGAAUUUACAUGAAAUUAUGCAAAUGAUCUGAAAGAAAUACAAAUCUACAAACUAAAACUUUGCAAAAAUCUCAUCUUACACAAAAGACCUGCUUUCUGUCAGCACCGUAAAAAAUGAUGGAUUCAAGAAGUUUAUCAGAGUUCUAAAUUCCAGAUACAAGCUAACAGACUGCUUUCUUCAUCUUUCACUGAAGACCAAAAAUCUGCCAUUAAAUUUAAAUGAAAUAAUGAUUUUAUAUUUAUCGUGAUAAUUAUCUAUAUUGACUGAUGUGAACAUUUUUAUUGUGAAAACAUCUUUUUCAAUAUCGCCCAGCUCUACCCCCACAUGGAUUUUAAAAAGUAAUAUAGAAGUUACAUUCAGCUUUUAAGCUUAAAACACCUGAGGUGCUGUGUAUUUUUAUGCUACCAUUUCACACUGUUUCCUGUUUUGGAAAAACAAGGAAAUACUCUGCUAAUAACCAAAUUUGGAAUCUCAUGCAUAGAAAGGGAAUUACAAUAUUAACAACAAAGUUUGCAGGUUUCAAAUGUGGACUUUAAAACUGCAAACAAAACUUAGUGAUUGCACAAAACUUCAUGUGUAGCACAUAACUCAAGGGUCCUUGUAAUCAGUGAAGCUCUUUCUUUCAUCGUCAUGUCUGUGUCUGCAGUCAUGAACUAAUGCUGCUGUUACUUCUCUGCAGGGCUGCAGAUUUGAAACUGCCAAAGAUGUAAUAAUAUACGUCUGUGAAUGUUUUGGUGUUUUUUUAAUGUCAUACUCUAAGUAAAAGGUUUGGAAUAUCUAUAGAUUCACUGUAAAUACAUCUCUCUGUUUUACUGCUCCACCAUUGGUUUUGUCUUGUACAUGUGUCUGACUGUGUUGGUGGAGGUUACAUCUUGAAAAGAGCUACUUUUACUGUCCUACAGUGCCUCUGUUUUCUGCACUUGUUUGUGUACAUUAUCUAUCCCCAAAGCAGCAUGCACUCUAUGUAGUGUUUUGAGAGAAUGAUGAAAUAAAAGCCACUUUUUUCUCAU